AUCCGCCCAGGCUGCCUCACUGCCGCUGGCUUCCUGCUGAGUCUCCACUCUGUCGCCUGUUAGUGGUACACGCUGCUGCUCCGCCAACACCACAAGUUCAAGAGCCGGGGAAACGUCGACAUUUCGGGUGGAGUGCUGUUGAGGAGCACGCCGAACAGGACUGCAGACAUCAUGGUGAACAUCCCAGAAUACUAUGCAGGGAAAAAUGUGCUGAUCACCGGAGCAACAGGCUUCAUGGGCAAGGUGCUGCUGGAGAAGCUGCUGAGGUCCUGCCCAGGAGUCAAAGCCGUCUAUGUGAUGGUCAGGUCAAAGGCUGGUCAGAGCCCUCAGGCCCGCAUCGCUGACAUGAUCAACUGCAAGUUGUUUGAAAGAUUGCAAGAGGAGCAGCCGGGCUUUGCAGAGAAGAUCAUAGCAGUGAACAGUGACCUCACCCUGCCAGAGCUGGAUCUGAGUAAAGAGGAUCAGAGCAUCCUGGCUGAAAACGUUAACAUCGUUUUCCACUGUGCCGCCACCAUCCGCUUUAAUGAACCUCUCAAAGAUGCAGUGCAGCUGAAUGUCCUGGCCACCCAGAAGAUGCUGGCACUGGCCCACAGGAUGAAGCACCUGCAGAUCUUCAUUCAUAUCUCCACAGCCUACGCCAACUGUGACCGAGAGCUCAUUGAGGAAAUCGUCUACCCUCCUCCUGUAGACUACCGCAGACUUAUCGAUUCUCUUGACUGGAUGGAUGACGAGCUGGUGUCCGCUCUGACUCCCAAGCUGAUCGGGGAGCGUCCAAACACCUACACCUACACCAAAGCCCUGGCUGAGUACAUGGUGCAACAGGAGGCUGGAGACCUCAAUGUAGCCAUCAUCAGACCAUCCAUAGUAGGAGCAAGUUGGAAAGAGCCCUUCCCAGGUUGGAUUGAUAACUUCAAUGGACCUAGUGGAAUAUUCAUUGCAGCUGGUAAGGGCAUCCUGCGUACAAUGAGAGCGUCUAAUGAUGCCGUGGCUGACCUGGUACCUGUGGACGUGGUCAUCAACGCCACACUGGCUGCCGCUUGGUACUCUGGAUCACAGACGCUCAACAGGCCUGGAAACAUCCUGGUUUACAACUGCACAACCGGUGGGAUCAACCCGUUUCACUGGGGGGAAGUCGAGUACCAUGUAAUAUCCACAUUCAAGAGGAACCCCCUUGAGCAGGCCUUCCGUCGGCCCAAUGUUAAUCUCACAUCCAAUCACCUUAUCAAUCAGUACUGGAUCGCCGUGAGCCACAAGGCUCCGGCCUUCCUCUAUGAUCUGUACCUCAGGCUGAUUGGACGAGAGCCCAGGAUGAUGAAGACGAUUACUCGCCUCCACAAAGCCAUGAUGGUCCUGGAGUAUUUCACCAGUCACUCCUGGGUGUGGAACAACGACAAUGUCACCAUGCUGAUGGCCCAGAUGAGCCCCGAGGAUAAGAAGAUGUUUAAUUUUGAUGUGCGUCAGCUACACUGGGCGGAGUACAUGGAAAGUUACUGCAUGGGCACCAAAAAAUACGUCCUCAACGAAGAGCUGUCGGGCCUGCCUGCUGCACGCAAACACCUUAACAAGCUGAGGAACAUCCGCUACACCUUCAACACCAUCCUGGUGGUGUUCAUCUGGCGUGUCUUCAUCGCCCGGUCCCAGAUGGCCAGAAACAUCUGGUACUUUGUGGUGAGCCUCUGCUUCAAAUUCCUCUCCUACUUCAGAGCUUCCUCCACCAUGAGAUAAUGAGCCCGGGGGGGGCAGCAGGUUGGCAGGGCGGAGGGGCGAAGAAAUGGAGGAACCGCUGGCUGUGGACGAUGAGAGGUGCCCAAACCCCUAAAAUGGUACCAUGCUGUCUGUCUGUGGCCCCGUGUUUGCCCUGACUCUCAAGGAUCACAUGGAACCAUUAAACCCAUGAACACAGACAGAACUACUGGAGGAGCCUGGAGUCCACAGCUGUCUAAAUAUUGCAUAUUUCAGAUCUGUCUAGCAUUUCAUAAAACACAAGGCAUGCAUUUAUCUCACAACGCCCAGGCUAACAACCAUUGGACUAGCUAAAGAAGCAGGACCACACACACCCUCUAUUCUGUUUCCACUCAAUCCAGCCCCCCUUUGGUGCCAGAUUGACUCCUGCAGUCUUCAAGCUCCAGUGCACCCAAACCUGCUCUGUCAUCCGUCUGCUCGCCUGGCUGCCUGCCUGCAAAACAAAGCUAUGCAUUGGAUGAUGCUCUGCUGCAACAAUCCUCAGCUGGUUUUGAGUCAGUCCAGACUUCUGUAUAUGUAAUCUUUCAUUGAAGAAUAACCACUCAAAGUGCUGUGUCAGUUAUAUUUCUCUGCUGUCACCUGAAAACAUAACUCCCAAUUUUUGUUUUCCUUUUUUUUUUCUUCCCCCCCUCCCCAUCAGGUUUGUGCUGUUGUCAGUGAGGUGUAUUGAAAUGUGUCAAAAAGCCAAAACGAAAGCAAUUUGCUUGGGGCAGUGGGGCAGUGGAGCUGGUUGUACACAUGUGGUUGUAAGCAGCUGAAGGAUGAUUCUGUAUGAGUCUGUGAAGGCUUCUUCAGAGACAGGCUGGUCUAGGAAUCAUUGUUCUAAACUGUCUUUUCCUUGUAACCCCAAAGCCAUUCCAACCAAUGUUUGACAGUUGCACUGACAGCUUGGUGUUAGGAGAAAGUUGACAUUGCAGGGGUUUUCGGGGCGGGGGUGGCUUGCUUAUACUGACCCAUGGCCAGCCAAGAGUGGCUGUGUUUCACUCUUCCUGCUUGGCAAAGACACACACCUCGUGUGUGUGUGCGUGUGUGUGCGUGUGUGUGUGUGUUCCCUAAUUAUGACCAAGCACAAUGUAGAUUGUAAUACGACGGCUUUGUCCAGUGCCUACAAACUGAUCAUUCUUGCAUCAGCAGAUCUUGCAAAUCAAGCUUCUACAGGUUCCUUUUUGUCAUUUGUGACUGUCUUAAAGCUAUUUUUGCCAAAAUACCUCUUAGCUAACAGACUCGUAGCUCAGUAGAGGAUGAGACGGAUGGAAUUAGAGGAGAAAUUUUGUCACUUUUGGCUUCUUUUUCUCCAUUAUGCUUGAGAAUUUAAAUGCUAUCAGCACUGGUCAACAUAUUGAGUCAUGGAUAUAUAAUGUAGGUGAUCAUUGGUCUUUGUUAGUACACUACUUUUCAGGUAGCUCUGACUGUAGCUCACCAUCUUUGUGAAAAGUUUGGUUUACUUGACUUCAGUCAUUUUCCUCUCAAGUACUUUUAUAGGUCAUAUUUGUCAUGUUACUUGUUCAUUAUCUUAGAUGCUUCUGUAAAUAAAUGUAUGCAAGACUCCUCAUGUGCUCGUGCUGUUUAUAACCUGCUGUUGGACCAUUCUGUUGCCUUCAUCAUGCUACAUAAGAAAUUUGCCUUUUCAGACCAGAAAUGUCGUCAUAGAACUGGCCACAUAAGCUAAGGCUGCAUUUUUUUAUAUCAAGUUUCUCUGGAUUUUUUAAUACGAAUUAACCCUCAUUGCCAUAUUAGGUCUUCAGUUAACAUACCUGAGGUUUACCUGUGCACUUUGUCAUUCGUCUGUUACCUGUUUCUUCUGUGUGUGUGUGUGUGGUGUGUGUCUGUGUCUGUGUCUGUGUCUGUGUCUGUGUGUCUGUGGUUGUGCUUGCAUGUGUCCUCUCAGAGUGUCUUAGGCCAUAGCAACUUCAAACACCUACGUGUACGUCCUGGAUUCAGUAAGGAAUGUGAUUUUGGUCUUUUUCACACUCCCAGCAUGAGCAAGUUUACAUAGGAUCAUGUGACCUGGUGGAAAGAUGCACCCUUUUGGAAAGACGUGUGCAAGUGUGAAUCGUGCCUGAACUUUUUUCAAUAUUCUAACAAUGUGAAAAGAGAGCAAUCAGAUCUAUGUUUUCUAAUUAUAUUGUGUACAGCUUUAUUUAGGUAGACUUCAAAAUAUAACGGAACAGAUGUAUUUUUAUGCUAAUGACAUUGCGUGGCUGUCUUACUGACACAAGCUUACUGAACCAACUUCAGCUGCUGUAAAUACUUAAGUAUGUAAACAUAAGUGCAGUAUGUUCAGAGCGAAAUUAACUGUCAUAAGUUGCUUGUCAUUUGAAUUUAUUGUAUAUGUACACGUACUUUAUCUGAAUGUAACCUAAUAACGCAGCCUAACUUGUUUGCACAGCCAGAAUCUUCCUCUGACUCCUAAAACAAGAAAUAAACAAUACUAUAAUUGCCUGUUAUUGUAAUAUAAAGCAACUGUUUGUUUAUUGGAGUGCCGUGCAAUACAUUUUUGCUCUUGUAACUCCAUUUCCUUGUGACUGUGUGAUUGAGUAGGUCAGUUUUGUGAUGGUGAAUGGCUGUCGUGCUCUUGUUUAGUUGUUUGGGGGGCGGGGCGAUGGUGUGUCUAAUUCAGGGUUUUCUUCAGGCUUGCUCUUGUGAUUUGAGAAGUGAGAACAAUGAACGGGUCCUUUUUCAUGUCAGGAACUACUGAAUCAUAUCAAUGGUUUGUUCAUCUAACAGGGCAUUGUACACAAGUAACAUCAGCAUUAACUCCACUUGGAUCAAAUCCUAAAUACAGUUCCCUUGAUCCAUUAUUUAAAGCAAUCAAAGCCCCUGAAAACCUGGUUUUAAAAGUGUAUUUCUGUAUAACAUGAAAUAUUCUUGAAGAAAUGUACACAAUAAUCCACAUUAAAGGAAUGGUCUCGGAAACACACGCACUUGCUUUCUUGCUGAGAGUUAGACGGUGCUCUCACUUGUGUCAGAUAUGGAGCCAGCAGCCGCUUAGCUUAGCAUAAAGACCAGAAACGGGAGGAAAUGGUUCGCCUUGUCCAAAGAUAACAAAAUAGGCCAACCAGUACCUCCUGAAGCACAAUAGUUAACAGACUGUUUCCCAAGCAAGGCAAGACGACUUCUGGAGUCUCCGCUGGUUGCCUGGCAACCUCACAGCGACAAGAAGACUCCCUGUGACACUGCAGCGUGUGGUUUACACUAGGGUUUUUGUAUGGAUUAAACAAAGAGACGCAACAUGUUAAUGAGUGAGCUUUAGAUGGCUGAUGUGGGGGGGGUUUAAAGCCUUUUGGACAGAGCCAGGCUAGCUGUUUUUCCCUAUUCCUGUCUUGUGCUAAGACAAAGCUAGCUUCUUGGCUUCAGACAUUUAUUGUUCAGACAUGAAUGAUGUCUUCUGAAUUGGAAUGUGAAUUAGGAUAUUCCCCCUGUGUGUGUGGUUGGAUCAGAUUUUGAUUCAAAUGAUGCUAAAUCCAGAUUGGUGCACAGAAAGGUGACAUCACCCUUUUUCAAGUGAGCCCCGCCCACAUCAAACCAGUGCGCUCACAAAAACACAAACAAAGAAACGUCUUAUGUGAAGUAACCAAAACUGGAGUGCUCUUGUAGUGGACUGAGAAAAUAGGUUUACAGGGCCCUUUUAAGGAAACAAGUCAUUUUGAAUAAUGGAUCGCAGCUUUUGUAACUCUCAUUUGGAUUUGGUGAUUAAACUGGUUCUGUAUAUAAUAAUGUAAUUCUGUAUUUGGUUUGUUUUCCCAUCAGGCUUUUCUAGGAGUAAAUUCCUUAUGGUUAUUGGAAGAAUGGUUUCCUGCUAAAACCUGUGUUGAUGCAAUGUUGUUUUCAUGUAAAAAUGUUACCAGUCUGUUUUUUCUCUCUCCAACAUGUGUCAGAUUUGAUGGCCUGUGUAUCGAUCACUCUCAUCAAAGUGGGAGUGGUGGUUUUAAUUUAAAUUUUUUUUUUCCUGCCUCAAUGAUUGUUUGCUCCUUUUUACACAGUCAACAUGGCUCCAUAUGUGUAGGCUGCACUAGAAUGCUUGUAUGUUUUCUUCUGAUUGCAUUCAGAUUGGUUCAUGUGUCAAUGUUCAUUUAGAAAGUGGUGUUUAUGUGGUGCUUGAGGCGACUCGUUUCAUCGCUCCUACUUUGAGCAGCGUGAUGGGCAUAGGUCAGUGUGUUCACUUUGAGAAAAGGAGCCACAGUCAUUGUCGAUGUGAAACUCCAAAAACAAUAAAUCGAUGGGUGCCUUUUGUUUGUAAACCAAAAAGAAGGAAUAAACUGUUUAAUCCUC